AUGAGGAGCGUGAAGGCUUUUGGAGGAGAGCGAGACUUUGCCGAUUCAAUAUUCCAGUUGGUGAGGGAGAAGUACCGGUCACUGGUGGGCGGCUGCAGUCCGGCGCACGCUCGGCACAAAUCCCUGGCAGGCAUCGUAAUGACCCGAGAUCUGGACCCGAGGCACGCGCAGGUGGUGGCUCUCUCCACAGGAACCAAAUGCAUCAACGGGGAGUACCUGAGCGACCAAGGACAAGUCGUCAAUGACUGUCACGCUGAAGUCACAGCUCGUAGGGCUUUGAUACGCUUUCUCUACUCUCAACUGGAAGUCUACUUGAGUAAAAGGCUGGAGGACUGGGAGGAGUCAAUAUUCGUCCGCCACAAAGAGCACAGCUACAGGUUGAGAGACAACGUCCAUUUCCACAUGUACAUCAGCACUUCGCCGUGUGGGGACGGGAGACUCAACUCGCCAUAUGAAAUCACAAGUGAUCUACACAGCAGCAGACACCUCAUGAGGAAGCAUCGAAGCCACUUGCGAACCAAAAUUGAGUCUGGUGAAGGGACGGUUCCUUUGCGAUGCCGGGGGCCCGUCCAGACGUGGGAUGGCAUCCUACAGGGAGAGCAGCUCAUUACCAUGUCCUGCACAGACAAGAUCACCAGGUGGAACAUCCUGGGCCUGCAGGGGGCGUUGCUGAGCCACUUCGUGGAGCCGGUGUACCUGCACAGCAUCACUGUUGGCAGCCUGCGCCACACGGGCCAUCUGGGCCGAGUCCUGAACCAGCGGCAGGAGCGUCUGGGCCCUCUGCCCUCCACAUACAGACGCAGCCAGCCCCUACUCAGUGGGCUAAGCAGCGCCGAGUACCAGCAGCAGGGGAAGGCCACGUGCGUCAGCGUCAACUGGACCCUGGGCGACCCGCAGCUGGAGGUGAUCAACACAGCGACGGGACGGCGGCGCGACUCGGGGACGCCGUCGCACCUCUGCAAGCACGCCCUGUUCACCCGCUGGAACAGACUGUACCGUAAGCUGGGGGUCCACGUCUCCAGCUCAGCGACGGACCGCGAGCUCAUGUACAGCGAGGCCAAGGUGGCGGCACGUCCUUACCAGACCGCGAAGCAGCAGUGGUUCAAGUCCCUGCAGGAGAUGGGCCUCGGCACCUGGGUGAAGAAGCCGCCAGAGCAGGAUCAGUUCCUGCUGUCCGUCUGAGCGACACUGGGAGUAUGUGUGUGUGUGUGUGUGUGUGUGUGUGAGACCUUUAUUUUUUUAGGGCAAGAUGACACAACUCCACACCAGGAAGUGUACCCUCCAAACUAAAGAUUACCGACCCCUUGUGUGUGUCCUCGGCUCAUUGCGCUUCGUGUCGCCCUUUCAUGCCCGUCGCUGAAACCGCCGGUGGAAGGUCAGACAGGAGGAAAAAGCGGAGUUGAAAAGCGGGACGUUUUUCCUCUGACAUGCUUUGAUCGCAAACACAGAGGUUUAAGCAAACAGCCAUCUAAAUUCAGCCCAUUCCCUUCUUGUGGCUGUGAAGGAAAAAGGGGGUUGGGGUAACCUUGAGCAGAAUGAAAGGCAGCCACUAUCUUGUCAUCAGCUAUUUCCGGGCCCCGAGGCUCCCGCUGAGGAGCGGAGCCACAGGGGAGAGAGAGCGAGACAGACAGAGGAAGGGGAAAGGAGAAGAAGAAGAAGAAGAAG